GAGGUCAAAGUUCAUUUGAACCCGGAACAUCAACAAAGUGACUUGAAUCUUCCUCCGGUUCUCACCGACAUGUUCUCCGCUUCACUGCCCACAAACCGUGUCCUGGUGGCGGCUGUCAGCCUGCUGCUCGCCCGCCUGUCCUGCUCCUCCCGGUCGCUCCCGGACAUCCCGCACAUCGCCGCUUACUUCGGGACGAAGACCCGGUACGAAGAGGUGAACCCGCAGCUGCUGCGGGACGUGUUCUCCGUUAACGCGUCCGUCCUCAUGGCCCCGGACACCGAGCGCUGCUCCCCGGUCCACCUGACCGCCGUCAUCAGGCACGGGAGCCGCUACCCGACCGUCAAGAACAUCCGCAGGAUCCAGAGACUGAGCCAGCUGGUCCGGGGAGAAGCCUCCAGAGGCCCCGGCGGCUCCGAGGACUGGCUGCGGGACAUCCAGAGCCGCUGGGAGAUGUGGUACACCGAGGACAUGGACGGUCAGCUGGUGAUGAAAGGCAGGGACGACCUCCGGCAGCUGGCCGGACGCCUGGCCACCUUGUUCCCGUCUCUGCUGUCGGACGAGAACCUGAUGAAGAGGAGGAUCAGUUUCAGGACCAGCUCCAAGCAUCGAUGUGUGAGCAGCGUGGAGGCGUUUCAGGACGGGCUGAUGGAGCACUGGGGACACACCCACUUCUCAGAGGACAGGUACAGCCACGUUGUGGACGAUCAGCUGAUGCGUUUCUUUGAGCGUUGCCGUGGUUACGUGGAGGGUGUGGAGAACAACCGCUCGGCGCUGCUGGAGGUGGACAAGUUCAAACAUGGGGACGAGAUGGAGGGAGUGAGGAGGAGGACGGAGGAGAGACUGAACCUUCCUCAGCACCGACUCACACCAGAUCUUGUUGAAGCAGCGUUCUUCCUGUGUUCCUAUGAGCUCUCCAUCAAAUCUCUUUAUUCUCCGUGGUGUUUCCUGUUCGACGAGAACGACGCCAAGGUGCUGGAGUACAAGUCGGACCUGAAGCAGUACUGGAAGCGCUCUCAUGGUCAUGUGAUCAGCAGUCUGUCCAGCUGUCCUCUCUUCCAUCACAUCUUCAGGACGCUCGACAAAGCUGGACGUCCCCGCAGGUCCAGUGAGGCGUCGCCCGAGCCGGCUUCCAUCCUGCUGGGUCACGCUGAGACGCUCCUCCCCCUCCUCUCCCUGCUGGGACUCUACAAAGACCAGACUCCGCCGACUGCCAACAACUACCAAUCACAGCACGGAAGAAGUUUCCGGACCAGCCGGAUCGUCCCCUACGCCGCCAACCUGCUCUUCGUCCUGUACGACUGCCAGCGAGGCCCCCGCGUGCAGCUACUCAUUAACGAGUCUCCGGUUCGAUUCCCGGGGCUGGAAUCGGAGGUUGCCCCGCUGUACCGGGACGUCCGGGCCACGUACCGCCACCUACUGGACGGCUGUGACUUCCACAUGGAGUGUGAGGGGAGGAGCGGAGGUCGAGGACCAAACACUGAGCUCUGAGAGCGAUUUAAAGGCAGCAACGCCCCCUGCUGGUCAUCCACUCAGGAGACGAGACGCCACGACUCAGUGAACUUUUAACCUUUGAACCUCGACGAGGACACAGUUUUACUUUGAAACUUUACGUUGUUUAUUUAAUCUGAUGUUAAUGAUCAUGUGACGGGUUUAUUUGAUUUUCUACUGAUUCUGAUUUGUUGAUGAUUUUACUUAUGGGAUGUCUCAGUCUGAGGGAAGGUUUUCACAAUAAAAGCUCUGGUUCGUCUGUGGUGAUGGAAAUAGAUUAGUUUUGCCGUCAGGGUGAAUUUGUUUUUGGCCUUUGUGCCUAAAAUGGUUAAAAGUGACGAUUCAGAUUUUUAUAAAUUGUCCCUUUUUUCAGAUUAUUUAAAAUUUGUUUUUGUUUUUAUUUUCUGUGAUGCCAAAUCUUUCUAAAUAAAAGCUUUAAAAAUA